AUGAAACAAGAGCUGUGUGGUCAGAGGCCUGGUGACCACGCAAUAAAGGCCACCUUCCAAGAGGACUGUGGGAUGAAACAGCAUUGUUACCAUGGGCCCAGCCACUCUCCUAUGGAACCAUCAAAACCUGAGGCAAGGACAUACACCGAGAAGCCAUUUCUCCCAUCAGUCAGAGAAGGAGACGGAGGUAGACUUUUAAGAAGUUCAAACGGCAUGGUCCCAAGGGCCGAGUGGGGAAGACCCAACGGGAGAGCAGACCAGAGCAGAAAUAAGCAGUAUUGUUAUGAUAAUCACUCAAACUGA